AUGACAACAACACCUGCACCUAUAGGUCCUCAUAGUCGUAAAAAGGUCUCAUAUUAUUAUGACUACGAUGUGGGAAAUUAUUAUUACGGACAAGGUCAUCCAAUGAAACCACAUCGUAUACGUAUGGCACAUAAUUUAAUUCUUAAUUAUGGUCUCUAUCGUAAAAUGGAAAUUUAUCGUCCACAUAAAGCAUUUGCUGAUGAAAUGACACGUUUUCAUAGUGAUGAAUAUGUUAAAUUUAUAAAAAAUGUUCGACCGGAUAAUAUUAUGGAAUUUAAUAAACAAAUGCAAAGAUUUAAUGUUGGGGAAGAUUGUCCAGUAUUUGAAGGUGUGUAUGAAUUUUGUCAAAUAUCAGCGGGUGGUUCAUUAGCCGGUGCAGUUAAACUUAAUCGAAAACUAACUGAUAUUGCUAUUAAUUGGGCUGGUGGUCUUCAUCAUGCAAAAAAAUCUGAAGCAUCGGGUUUUUGUUAUAUUAAUGAUAUUGUUUUGGCUAUACUUGAAUUACUCAAAUACCAUCAACGAGUACUUUAUAUUGAUAUUGAUGUUCAUCAUGGAGAUGGAGUUGAAGAAGCAUUCUAUACAACCGAUAGAGUAAUGACAGUAUCAUUUCAUAAAUUCGGAGAAUAUUUUCCAGGUACAGGUGAUCUUCGGGAUAUUGGUGCCGGACGAGGUAAACAUUAUGCUGUUAAUUUUCCAUUACGUGAUGGAAUUGAUGAUGAUACGUAUGAAACAAUUUUUAAACCGGUUAUGACGAAAGUUAUGGAAACAUAUCAACCGAAUGCAAUUGUAUUACAAUGUGGUGCUGAUUCACUUACUGGAGAUCGUCUUGGUUGUUUUAAUUUAACUCUUAAAGGACAUGGAAAAUGUGUAGAAUUUAUUAAAAAUUUGAAUUUACCUUUAUUACUCCUCGGUGGUGGAGGUUAUACUAUUCGAAAUGUUGCACGUGCAUGGACAAAUGAAACAGCUAUUGCACUUGAUCAAGAAAUUUCAAAUGAUUUACCAUAUAAUGAUUAUUUUGAAUAUUAUGGACCAGAUUUUAAAUUAAAUAUAAAUCCAUCAAAUAUGCCAAAUCAAAAUAGUGCAGAAUAUUUAGAUAAAAUCAAAAUAAAACUUUUUGAUAAUCUUCGAAUGAUACCUCAUGUACCUGGUGUUCAAAUGCAAUCUAUUCCGGAUGAUUUUAUGGAUGUUGAUCGAGGUGUAGAUGAAGAUAAAGAUAGUAAUCCAAAUAAACGUAUUUCACAAGUACAAAAAGAUCGUCGUAUUGUUGAUGAACGAGAAUUAUCAGAUUCAGAAGAUGAAGAUGGUGAUAAACGACGUAAUCAUUCAAAUGCAAGAUACAUUUCAAAUAAACGUAAAGCUAGUUCGGAUUCUUUAAAUGGUAUAACACUCAAUGGCAAUGCAAAAGUUUUAGCUACUGAUUCAGUUGUAAAUACAACCGUUACUCAAAUAACAAAGACUACAGAAGCAACUGUUGUUGUUCCAUCGGUAAAUGGAAAUGAAAUGUCAACAGAAAAUUCAGUUUUAACAACAACAACAACAACAAUUGUAAAUGGUAAUGUAGGAACAGAAGCUGUCACUGCUCCACCUAAAGAUGGUAUGGAUACAUCAGAAACAUCGUAA